AUGGCUGAACAGCCUCAGAGUAACGUGACGGAGCUCGCCGAGCAGCUCGUUGAAGGCUUUGCAGCUCUGAGUGGAGAAUACCAGGUUUUGUUUGAUUCACAGAAACAACUCGAAAGCAAGCUCUCGUGGGCUAAGCAACAGUAUCUUGACCUUUUGAAACGCUUCACGCCCAACACGUUGUCGCAAGACCAUCUUACCUUCCUGCAAGAUCUUGAGCGCGUAGGAGACGAACAACCGCGAAUACAUGUGAAUUUGGUGGAGCAGUUGGCACAUAGCGAUGAUGUAGAGCGCAAGAGCCGAGCACUGGUUAUUCAGAAGGCUGAGGAGGCUGCUGUCAAGCUGCACGCCCAUGAAAAUACUAGCAGUGUAAAAAUAUGGAGUGGUCCGUCCGCAGACAAAUCCGCCUCGUUACCUGAGAUACAGACCAAUAGAGCCACAUCACCCAUUGAGAAAGAUUUCACUGUUGCUGGAACGCCUAGUAAGCUCGCCUGUCCCUUCGCAUCUGGCAGCGGCAGAGGCAGCCCGCUUGCUACCCCACGUAGCUCGACGUCCCGGUUAAGCGCGCGUGGACGGAGAUCAAAGCGACCCUCCUUCACCGAUCCUAUCCGCGCCGAAAUAUGCAGCAACAAUCCUGCUUCCGUAACUGCCUCAGUAGCAGCGUCUGGCUCCGCUGCCGUCUGUCCCAUACGCUUCCUCGACCAACACAACCCAGAGGAGGUCGCCCAAUACUUUGAGAAACACAAGCAUGAGCUACCGAGAAGCCAUGAGGUUUGCAUCAAGCGCUUCCAGAGUAACCAAGAGAGCAUAGAGCAGCUAGAUCGCAAGUAUGGCAAUCUGGUUAAUAUGAUCCAGGGCCUCGGUCAGAAACAUCAAGAGUGGCUCCCUGAGGAUCCCGACGACGCCAUCGAAGAAGAGCCCGAGGCAGAAGUCCACUUCAGCACCGACGCAAAGGCGGACACCAAAGUUCAAAAUUGGGCCUCAGCUGUCUCGGCAAGUCUCAACGAUGGCACCCCACCGCCUGAGGAGGAACCAGAAGAGAAUACACUGGACGAGUCAAGAAGCGGACACUUUGACCGCCCGCUAAAGGAAGUCAGAGUUGGCGAAUCCCCAAGUCGACCCUGGGGCAUCUCGAUACCUGCCAAAUACACCAAUGCACACAGCUCGUCCUCGGUUGGCUCAGUACCAACAGCGUCGCCGCAACUACCUCUCGACACUGGCCGUCCAAUUGGCGAGACGCCCCAAAAGACUGGCAAAUGCCCAUUUGAUCAUCGCGCGAUGACGGGACACACGCCGCAGCAGCCUGAAGUGCCACAAUACAGUUUGCCGCCGCAGUGGCAACCACGGGCUCCGACCACACAUGUUCCACCGACAGAAACUCCACCUCAACCUCGAGCCCCGGAACAAUCACAACUGCCGAGAGAAACGGAAAGUCCGAAGAUGGUACCGCAGAUGGUUUUCAAUGGGCCUGUGUUCCUGGGCUACCCGCCCGAGCAGUUGGCUAUACUAUUACAGAACAGUAAUCUGGGCGCAUCAUUGCGGUAG